GCUCAUAAGAUGACGGUGGACUUGGUCGCGAAGAUGUGUGAUGAGCAUGCGCAACGCCACACCAGGAGGAAUGUUCGUCAGUGUUUCUGAGGCACCCAUGAUGCAUGUUUAGCCAAAAGCCAUGGACAGUAGAACUCGCUGCGAUGAAACCACCGAUCUGGAAUCAUCCAUCUCGACACCCCUGCAGUUGGAUUGCAGACGCGAUUUUCUCACGGCUGCUGCGGAGAGACAACGACAGUGCCCCACGCAAAUAAUUCACUGCUGAUGCUUCUGCUGCUUCAGCUGCAUGUCCAAUCUCCCAAACUGCUCAGGCGGAUUGGCGCCACCCAUGCAGCGUCGCGGAGCUCGAGGACAGUGGUUAUCGGCCCAGCCACCGGCAUCGCGCCGAGACGCACCUAAAAAUACCCCUCUAUUGACUUCCAUCGCGACAGUCUAGAGCUGCAGCAAUGGCAUUUUUCUCCCUUCCUUCUAUCUGCCACAGCUAGAUGCUCCAGGGUGCUGCUAGUGGGUGGUGCUUGUUGGCAUAUAGAUGCGGGCUUUGCGGUCACCGGCCAAUUAGUGUUUCAUAACUUUCCGUUGUAUCUUUCUGUGUGUAAAUAUCCUUUCUCGUUUCGCACGGACCAGUGGAGGAGGGCCGGAGAGAAUCGGUUCCACUCUCACUCACCCAUGGAUGAAGAUAACCUUUGGACACUGCAAGGCUAGUGGAGGUAAAUUCAUUCUGUUGCUGGAGGAUAUGCCGGUAAAAUGCACUUUUGUGGACGCCAAAUAGGUCUAGCAGAUGUCAGUACAUACACAUAUGUGCUCAGAAUUAUGCGGGAGAUUUUCCUCGUCCAUCCACCACUAGCUGGUAUUAUUUGUGAGUGAGCGCGGGUUUAAUUAGCUCGGACCAUCGAGGAGAUAGCACGACUUUCCUUUUCGGUUUCGAGUCCGUGAAAGAAAUGACAUCGACAUCUGAAUGCCUUACCAUCGAAUGCCUUACCAUCGAAUGCCACCGACACUGAUUUUAUUCGUACUGACUUCGAGGCUCGAAGAGUACGAACCCCACAGCAGUAGCUCUCACCACAGUACUGCUUGCGGUGCUCCUGAUUACUGCAAGUCAUGCAGUGAACGAGUGCAGUGCAAUGUUUUCGAAUUAGAUCGCUCGCUUAGUUCUUUGCUCACGGAUGAAGUCAUCAGCUGUCGAAGCUUAGCGGUUCGAAUCAGUCUAACGAAUACAGAGUUUGAUCAGGUGCAUUCGAAAGAAGAUUAGUGAUCACAUCGAAGACUAUUGAGCCGUCGAGUAGAAGAUUUCAUUACUGGUUGUCAGAACGUUACUACGUACCUGCGAGUGAAAUUUCAUUGAAUAUUUUCUUGGAUCCGGACUGAGUGCAAUGCAAAGGUUUUGUUACUGCCCCUGUCUGUGUACAUUUUAGUAAGUGUGCGAAUCGUUUACAUGUAGCGCAUUUCACGCGUAUGAUUCUCAAAGAGUGAUUGGGUGACUGAUGGGAGAAAAUAGGGGGAUCACUGGCAGUGGCAAGCACCGCACUGUUAAGGAAGCAACUCGCGUUCAUGAUAAACGCAUUUGUAGGGUCAAGCAUGCUGGAGUUCCUCCAGACACUGGUGACUUGAACGGUGAUGAUGGAGAGCUUCCUCUCUAUCCUGUCUCCUCCAAUCGUCACCGACUCGGUGCAAAGUCCGAAUCUCACACUGCCUCAAACCCACAACCCAGUAGCAAAGUCGGUCAUAGUAUGAGCGAUUUCAACGGAGAGGUGAGUAUCAGGGUCGGAGAGACUGCAGGCUGGCCACUGGGUAGGCAGGAAAUUGCAGCCUGGGCGAGCAGCUUCCUCUUUCCGUUGGACUCACAAUGUAGCGACAGCUUGCAGACAAUGCUGCAGAGGGAUGCACAUAGCUGCAGAGAAACCAAUACAAAGAAGAUUGAUAAAUGUAGGAUCUUGGCGGAGAAUCCAGGUGGAAGCCCUCCGUCCGAACGAAACGGAACAGUGGAAUCUUUUGGAGUCCAAUCUGGGCAUCUAAAGUCACCAAGACAGCUGAAGAAACUUCUGGACUCAACCGAAUCUGUCGCGUUGCUAAGUGCACCUGCUAAUGAUGAACAAGGAUGUGAUGCGCAAUUAGGAGAUCGUCUGAAUAAGUUGCAGGUUGAAGCUUGCAAAAAAAUCGUUUUGCGUGUCGCACCUUCAUCAGGAAGAGGUGAGAUUCUUAGAAGGUUGAAGGAUUUGAAGGCUCAUCCGUCUAGCCCAAGACUGGUGGAAGAGAGCGCUGGAAAAUACCACAAAGAGAACACUAGAAAGGCCGCUGGGAAAGAUGACCAAAGGCUUAAGACAAGUCAACCAACAUCGUCCAACGGCAUUAUCAAGAGCAGCCCCACCUCAGUGAAUAAGAAGCACCCGAUUCCAAGCCAAUUCCAAUCCAAGGCUGAAGAGAACGCGCUCGGUGAGCUAGAGAUUACGUUUAACCUUGGAGAAAAGAGGCUACAGGGGAAUUCUUCAUCUGAUCAUCGAGGUAGUCCUCGUAGAUGUGCAGAGUUCUCACUAGAAAACCUGUCCACUCCGACGUCAAGGUUAAAUAAUGGUUCCAUACAAGAGCAGGUGGUUGCCGUUCGUAAGCAUGCGCAGAGGCCCAAGGCGACCAAUGUCAGCAAUUCGUCUCCUGACCACACCCCAUCUGUGCUGGCUGCGGUUCCAUUCAAGUGGGAGGAGGAGCCAGGUAUACCCAAGACCAUAGCCGACGCUGCAGAUCGUAUGCUAGCUCGAAGGGUUUCACGAGAAAGCAUUGAGGUGAGUAAUUUUGCAGAAGCUCAAUCAGGUUCGCACAAGUCCGAAGAAAAACCUUCCACGGAAGUGACGGAGGAUGGCAUUCCCCGAAGAGGAACUGCCCACAUACGAAGUUCAUCGACACAAAGCUCCCCGGGUACUGGAAAACUUGACGCAGGGCGGACUGGCAGCCAUAGGUACUACGGCGAAGCAUAUUUGAGAGGGAAUUUAAGAAAUGCUGGUUUUGAACGGUCAAGCAGAAGGUAUAGUAUACAUGGAGGAGACACCUACAUUGACUUCGACGGAUCUGCAGCGGCAAGAUUCUUGGUGAAGGCGUUUGAAUCACCCUGGAGCACACCAAGUAUGCAUAACGGUUCGCCGGCAUUUUCUGUGCCUUUCGAGUGGGAGGAUGCUCCAGGGAAAGCCAAAGUGGAGAUAGUAGCACGAAGUCCUAAUUUGCUACAACUACCUCCUCGGCUUGCUGUUUCGUCGUAUUGUAGUGCCGAGAGCUUUAGUCGCGAGCUUCGAGCUUCCCACCCCUUCGCAGGUUUCUUCGCUCCCUGCAUACAAACCUCUUCGCCAGCACAUCGGAAACGAGGUGAGCGAACAUUGUUGAAGCAUGCUUCUAGUAAAAAGCUUCCUCCAAGAGCCCCUGGUUCAGCGGAGCGUCGAAAACGACAUGGUCUUGUGGGUCGCUGCAGCUCGACUCCUCGCGAAGGAUGCCAGAUCAAAAUGUCUAAAUCAUGUAGUCAACAGUCUUUCAAGGAGAAAACUUCAAGCUUUAGCAGCUCCGAUAUGUCACUGAUUGAUCCACUACCGUCAACAAAUUCAACGACUUUGAAUCGCAGAAAUUUGUUCAGUUCAGAGGAUAAAUACUCUGCUUCGUGCAUACAGAACAGCCAUCUCAAUGCGCCCUCGUCCCCCACAAGCAUCUUGUGUGGUCCUGACGAGAGCAGUGCCCAGACUUCAGCGUCUAACAUUAUGUUUUCAAGCCGAGACUUCGAAGAUUUUGGAAACUGUUCUAGACAAUCGGUGUCCAAAUCUAGCGCCAGCGCUUCAUACGGAUCUAUUCAAGAGGAUCUCUCUGAAUAUUCGAGCCCUAUGAACAGCAUGACUCAUCAUCCUGAUCCUCAGGUUUCCGAUGAGCCUCCACUUACAUUGAUUCCGGCCUUAGCUCCAACUGCGGUGGAUAUCUCUGCAAGAGAACAUGAUGGUCAUAGGUCGAAAGGAGCUUCUAAUGACGUUGGUUCUCUCCUCAAGCUCUCUAAAACUGGCAAAUAUACUUCUAAAUUUAGAAGUUCUCAGCUGAAAGGCACAGCACACUGCCCAGAGGCCACUCUCGUCAACUACUUUCAAUCUUUAGAGCUCAAUGAGGCUUCGGCACAGAUAAGAAGGAAGGCAUCAACCUCAGCAUUGGUUGAAGAAACUGGUCUUCUUGACAAGCAGGGAGGUUCAACUUCGAGUGGUUAUGUGAGUAGCGAAGGUGAGGCAAUUGUUCUUAAGAACUCACCAACGAUGCAGUCCGUGGGAAAGGAAGAACCUGCAAAUCUCGUGGUGCAGCGGCGGAAAGGUUCAGGAACUCCAAGGAAAGCUCUCACUAAGAGUGCCCCUCCCAAACUACCCCGACGCGUCCGUUUCACGCUGUCAGUCUCCAAAAUUUUCAGGCGCGCUCUUUGCAGACAACUGCGUCACCAGCCGAUCGAACCUGCUAGGCUUAUACUUCGUGAAAAACAAUCACCUACACCUUUUGAUUUCAAAUCGGCCCACGUCUAAUCUGAAAUGCUUCUGAAUGCUAAGAUUUAUUCAAAAGAGGUGAUGAAGCGACAUUGUGGAACCAGCUCUUGGAUACUAAGCCUCUUAGACGAGUCUUUUCCCCGCAAGCUUGUGUGCACACGAAUCAACAGACGAGAACUUGUUUAGUACUCUGUAAAUGUGAAUAGUGUUUCACCCCCCAGUACUCCGUAAGCAUGGGACAUGCUAGUCGGGAAUCAUGGAGGAUCGUUUCAAGCAUAUCAACACGGAUCAGUAUAUUGAACUCAUGACACCACUGAUAGGAAAAAUCCCUUCUCAAUCACCGCUAUUCUUUUACGGCGACGAAACUAAAGAAAAAGUGUUCGUGAAGCCAAGAAUUACGGUCCUUGUGCUACUAGACAAUCUUUUUAAUAUUUUUCUUUUUAAUUCUUAUCGAUCUUUAGAUCUUUUAUAAUAUGUCAUUUUCUAUAAGACAAUGACUUAGUGUAUACAAAUGCACAUCAGAUGACACAAAAGUCAUUUUGUGUAAAAUCAAAUGACACAAAAGUCAUUUUGUGAAAAAUCAAAUGACACAAAAGUCAUUUUGUGUAAAAUCAAAUGACACAAAAGUCAUUUUGGUUCA